CACCCAUAAAUUCUGGAUUAAUCAUAUACAGUUCAAUGAAGGCGCAAAUUACACGUAUUUACAGCAAGAAAUGUAAAAAAAAGUUCUAACGCUGUCCGAGAUGACAUCUUACAUUUCCGAUUGAAGAAACUGAAUCAUGCGGAGUCUUCGUUCACAAAAACCAACAACCGCGCCCACGGAGUCCACGCGAGCGUGCGCGCCCUGCCCCCAUUACAACCACGGCCGCUGUCGCCGCGUGCAGGAGAUGAACUCCGGUCCACCUGACAAACACCACACAAGCCACCACGACCAUGACCGCAUCUCGGAAACAGCUUACGACCAGCAAAGUGAGGACUUAGACGGGAGACAAGACGAUGCAUUCGAUGUCGAAAAGAAAUCCAAAAGCGGCAAGGAAAAGAAAGUGAAAGCUGUGCAGCUCGGGCAUACUCGACCACAAAUCUACCCGUGGAUGACUAAACUGCACGCCAGCCACGAAUCGGAUGGAAAACGAGCGAGGACGAGUUACACCCGCUACCAAACACUGGAGCUGGAGAAAGAGUUUCACUACAACCGAUAUUUAUCCAGACGAAGGAGAAUCGAGAUCGCGAACACGCUGUGUUUGAAUGAGAGGCAGAUCAAAAUCUGGUUUCAGAACCGCAGAAUGAAAUGGAAAAAAGACAAGAAAAUACAAAAUUAAAUCUUAUUAUCUAAGUCUUUUUAGAACUUACAAUUUCCUAUUAAUAACAUAAGUAUGUGGAUAUAUGACAAUUCCUUAUUGUGAUAAUCAUAUUGCCUCUAAUCUUACUAUUACGACGUUGUAGACUCAGGAAAAAAUAUUUAAGUGUACCAUUCCUUGUUGCUUGGGUGAAACCUUCAAAAGUACAGAUGCUCUACCUUUAAUAAUCUGUACAUGUUUUACCUUUUUUACCUUUAUUUUACUUUUAUUUAAAAAAAUAUAUAUAUACUUUUAAAUAUAAUAAUUGAAGCCCGUAUAGUGCACAUACAUUAAACCGUUUCCCCCCGAACUUUUUAACAAAGGUAUUAACAGGGACAAGCAAAGUGACAGUUUAGAACAUUUUUUAAGCGUGCAAACAUUUCAAAAAUCCCAUCAUGUCUUGAGCCUUGAGAAGGUUCUGACCGCCAUAUUUAACUUCUUUUGAACUUCGUAGGUGAACGUAGGUUUAUAAUAUGGAACCUUUACACAUUAGGCCUUACUAGUUUUUGGAACGCUGGCCAAUAUGGCCACCUAGUGAGGAAUUCCUUCUCCAAAACAAUAAAUAAUGCUAAGAACUGUCAUGAGUUCAUCAUCAUGCGAUGAUGUUCACAAUAUAUGAAUAUACAAUGAUCGGCACAAACCCACUAUAUUAAACUACGAGUGUCAUUUUGCAGUGUAACGGAAUUACAUCUAAGAAUAUUUAACUGAUGCUGCAAGUAGAGCACUUCAAUAUAAUGUCGAGAUAAUAUUGAGAUGCAUGGAAAUAUACGUACCAAUAUGUAUUUUUGACUAAUUUAUGAGAUUAUAACAAGAUAAGUGCACAUGACCACAGUUUUAUCUUUUGCUUUCUCCUUAAUCUAUGUUGAUGUUUGAUAUUCUGUCUUACUUACGAGCAUGGAUGAGAGAAUUUUUCCUUUUUUUAAACAACUUAUUUAUUGUACGUCACUAACAAAGCAGAUGUUGUAUAUUGUAAAUAUUAAAAGACACAUGCUUACUAAUUCUUAUGGCUGUGCAAAUACUGAAUGCAAUGCAAUAAAUGCCAAUGCUGUACUGAAUAAAAUCUCUUAAAGUGCCA